GCCAUCGCUACUAAAUUUGGCCGUCGUAGCCCCUCCACAGGUGUUUGCAAUCUUCUCUAUAAUCUCUGCACGUGCAGGCAAUUGUCAAAAUUGGGAUAAACAUAACAAACAAAAUCAGCGUAAAAUCGAAUUACUUCCUCCACUCUUUAAUUAUUUAUAAAACACAUUUCAUUAAUGAAUUCGUGUGUAGUCUGUGGAGGUGUUGAAUUUUACACGGAAUCGGGAUUUUACUUCUGUCAACAAUGUGAAACUCAACAGGAGGGGAGGCGAGAGGAGGUCGUUGAAUACGCAGCUGAUACAUCAACUCAUGUGGCGAAGAGAAGAAUUGAUCGACGAAGUAAAGUUGCUGAGACAAAGGAGACAACUCUGGGAUGGACAUCCUGGGAGACCUUCAACUUCAUCUUGAACGGUUGGACAAACGAGUUAAUCCAACUGGGAGCAAAUCCAGCGCUGAAAAUAACAGUUCUCCAACUAUGGGCCACAUAUCUGAGUAAGCUGGAAGUGGCUUUCAAGUCCUUUAGUGCCCAGUCACUCCCCCGUUUGCCCCUCUUCCAUCGCAAGAAAGACAGUGAAAUUGUCUUCGGUGAUGUACCCUCCAGAGUCCCCAAAAGAAAGAGGACAACGUCCAGUGGGAUCUCAGAUGGAGACUCCACUCACGUCAGUGACAUCAGCUUCAGACGACUGAUGUCCCAGCGAAAGAAGAAAUUGGUUGAUGCGGAGUACCAGAAGUACCUGGACACCAGCGAAUCUGAGACCGAUGGCGCCAGUUCCGUCAAUGCGAGCCUUCACAAUGUCAAAUCCGAUGCUCUGCAACGGCAAAAACGAAAAAUCCCUGUCUACCUCAACACCUUUGCGAUUGUGAAUAAGAAGAAGGCUAUGGAGAACUCGAAGAAGCAUUUGAGGGUGAAACGUGGAGCUGCCAAGGAUGGUGUACUUCAUGCAUACAGAAGAACUGUUCAACAUCUCACUAUGCAAGAUGUACUGGCAGUCAUCAAUCUUGCGUUGAGAAUUGAUGAUGAAAAGAUCCAUCUCAGUGAUGUUUUGAGAUUCCAGGUGGAGGGACACAUAUCCAGUAAAAAACUGGAGCACUUCUUUCCUAAUGAGGACCCUCCGCCCGAAGAUCUGAAGCGAACCCUGUAUACUCUCAAUAAAUAUGAAGGGAUACGUGAUGCAACUGGAGCCUUGGCUAGGUUGCUGGAAGUAUCUCAGAUACCUGAACCCAACAUUGUGGAUUUGAUUCACCGUUACUGCACAGAUCUGCAAUUACCGCAGGGAGUAGCUUUGUAUGCCGAGAGGAUGAUUGCCAUGUCACCACCAAAACUCACAUUUGAAAAGUGGAAUUAUUCACUUUCACGUUACGAGGCCAAAGCCAUGUCAGCUAUUAUAAUCGUCAUGAAAAUAUUAUUUGGAUUGGAUGGAAUUACAGAGCAUCAAAUAUCGAGAGUAGUGGACAGAAUUAAUUCAAUUGCAGAGGAGAAAGAUGCCCUAGACUCCAAACUAUUCAGCUUCAUCGAGUGGCAGAGGUACAUCGAAUGUCGUCGCACUGUGAUAAUGAACCACGAUUCAGCCACAAGGUACAGAUUAGAUCCAGAGGCACCCUCUCAGAAUGUCAACGAAUAUCUGAAUUAUCUAAAAAAAUUUGUGACUCCUGGGGAACCUACGGUGCUUCUGAAGGAACUGACAGAGAAUAUUGAUAAGAACAUGGAGAAUUUGGCGCAGAAUCUCCCGGAGGUCGAGCCAGUGCGCCAGUUCCAGCCCUCGCUGACACCGAUGCACUCGUACCUCCAGGAGCUCUUGGCCGAUGACGAGGUGGACCUGCCCAGCAUUCUCAGACAGAACUUCAGCUCUACGAAGAUCGGUUACAUGACCAAUACAGAGACCUUCAAAGACCUUUCAAAAGAAUGUGGAAUAGACCUGGAGGUCGUCGACUCCUCCGCCAGUUUUCUGGAGCGAAUAGUCCCACCCUUCGAUCCAGCGAUCUACUACCCUAGCACCGAGGAUCUCUCCAAGCCCACGCAGGUGACGAUCCCCAAAAAAUCCGAGACUUAUGACGAUCCCCUCGAGUACCUUCACUUGAAAACCCCGGGGAAAAUUCACAUAGACAAGAAGAAGCGAUUCCUCUGCACAAAAAACAUCAAAUUCUCCAGUCGUCCCAAAAAUCACCCAGGAGACGAGUUCGACGACUUUGCCUUCGACGAGACUCACAGCAACGGAAAACUGGACAUUCCAGAGUUCAAGGACAGUGAUUCAGAAGAGGAGGAGCCCCAGGUAUUCCCCGAGGAGAACCUACUGCUCUCGAAUUUCGAGAAACGGUGUCUGAAGGGCGGGGUGAGGAGUCACUGGCACCGAGUGAAAGUCACCAAGCGUCAGCAAUCAGCGGAAAAACGUUUAUUACAUUCCGAACGACAACUGGAGCCCACUGAAAGCUGCAACUGCGUCAUGUGCGAGAAAUGGAGCGAAGACGAAGAUCAGGACGACUUGGCGAUCAUCAAAGAGGUCUCGAGGCCUAGUUCGAAGGCUGAGGACGAGGAAAUUUCUAUCGUGAGUGAGAAGAGGAGUGAAUCGAGAACUGAAAAGGUGACGGCGUUUCGAGCGUUCAAGGACUAUUGGCUGUACAGGAGAGAGGAUGGGUCGAAGAAGGACUCCCACGUAGAGUGGCAUCGUCUGGAGAGGGAUCUGCCUGUUAAUUUUCGAUGGCUCCUGAACGAGUGCGCGGGGAUGAUUGAGAUACAAGCUGGGAUUUUAUAUCAGGAGCUCAGUAGCAUGGAGGCUUACUACGCCGACUGCCUUGUGCAGGAUUACGAUUCGGAGAGGGCUAAGAAGUUUUAUGGGGUCACGAAGUAUCGGUACAAGGGGCUCGUCACCACGAUGAGGAAUAAGUGGAAUAAUGUGAACAGGGGUAUUAAAAAAUCGUGAUGGAAGAAGUGGGGUUGGAAUAGCUUUUUUUAUUGGAUGGGGAUUGUGGGAUUGAAACAGACUUUUUUAAUUCAAUUUUUGUGAUUUGGCCAUUGUGACCCUUAUCCCACAGCCUUUAUUGUCCUCGUAAAGGGUCCGAGGGUCACUCCUGACUUUUCUUAUUACCCUAGUGACGCUAUCACGUCUUGCCCUAAUUAUUUAAUGAGGAAAUAGUAGAAAAAUGAAAAAUAAAUUAGUGGAAAACACAUUACAGCAAAUAGAUCUGUUUUAAAA